CCUUUACAGAUAUUAACCGUCGUUUAUAAAAGUUACAACCGUUCGGAGGCCUGCACCUGUGACCAAAGGUAUCUCCGAAGAUGAAGUUCGCGUUGUGUUUCUUGGCUAUCGUCUCCUGGGCUGCGGCUAUGCCCGCGGAAGUCUCUUUCGAUGCGCUCGAGGGGCUUGAGCUGGUCCCAAACAACAUCUACAAGGAACCCAUCAACCCAGCAAAGCCCGAAGACCUGCCUGCAUCUAGGGUCAUUGGUGGUGUGGAGGUGGCGCCCAAUUCUAUCCCCUACCAAGUCGCGAUUGUCAUCAACGGUCUCAGCUUCUGCGGGGGCUCCCUGAUCUCCACCAACCGUGUCUUGACUGCCGCUCACUGCACCGUCAGAGCUGUCUUCGUCAACGUCAGACUUGGAGCUCACGCCUUCAACUCCAACGAGGCCACCCAGGUGCGCAUCACCAGCACCAGCAUCGCCAACCACCCUAACUACGGUCAGGGCAGUUUCGCCGGCAACGACGUCGCCGUCAUCAGCUUGCCUUCCGCUGUGACGCUGAACGUCAACAUCCAAGUCAUUCCUCUGGCCGCAGAGAACGCAGGCACUUUCGCGGGAAAGAAAGCCCGCCUGACAGGAUGGGGAAGGACUUCCGACGCUUCCAACGCCGUCUCGCCAGUCUUGCGUUCCGUUUCCCUCGAAAUUAAAACCAAUGCGGACUGCACACGUUUUUACGAUAGCGACGUAGUGGACGGCAGCAUCUGUACCUCUGGAACAGGUAUCGUGGGUGCUUGCAACGGCGAUUCUGGUGGUCCACUGGUGGUCGAUGGGGUUCAGGUGGGUGUCGUUUCCUUCGGUUCUACACAGUGCCAAGCCGGAAACCCAACUGUCUAUGCUAGGGUCACUUACUUCCUGUCAUGGAUUCGUGAGCAGUUGUAGAUUUUGCCAGCGCGACGAUCACGACUGUCCAGAUACAUUGGAAUAGGUUUAGUUUUGAAAAUAAAGCAAAUUAAAAAUAA